AUGCCCGCACGCCGCUGGACGACCGAUGCGGAACUUGAGUACUUGCAGACAAAGCUGGACUCCUUCCGAUCGCAUCAGCUCGCGCACACGCUCCAUCGAUUUUGGCCAGAUAUCUACCGCGAAUGGUUCUUGAAAUUCCCGGAGAGACCGAGGGUCCUUCCAAACGUCGACGGGGAUUUAUCAGAAGCAGAGGAUAAGCAGCUGCAGGAAGCCAUCAUAAAUCGUAAACGGAAAGUCUACAACUGGUUCAACAAUCAGAACUGUCAGCAGACUCGCAAGGCGAAGGCAACGCACGUGAACUUGAGCCUUCUCAAGCCGAAGAACCGACGGAACUUGAAGGAAACCGAGGUCUACUCACGCAAGUACUACGACGAGCGGAUCAAGCCUCAGGUGCAGGAGGAGUUGUCCGGGCGCGUCGUAACGAAGGAAGAGAGGCUUGGGAUCAUCAAGAGGGUCACGAAGGAGCUUUACGACAGAGAGGACGAGGAGAUCAAGAAAGAGAUUCGCGAUGAAGUCGACGUCCUUCGGGCGGCAAGAGGGACUCCAGGGAAGCGAGGCGCGUCCGAAGGCACGGACGGUUCCGACGCACCAGCGGAGGCUACCGAUGAGCAUGCCAUUCUGGCUGUGGUUUGUCAAUCCGUGCUCGACGACAUGCCUGCCAUUUUUCGGCAGCUGUUCCUCGAGCUGCACCGUCAGACUGGCUGGUACUUCAUGGUCAUGGCAGCUGGUGUAGCACCCGGUUCUGAUGGCGGAAUUGGGAGUAUGGUCUUUCACCAAGAAGGGGACGACCCCGAGCACAACAUCGGGAGGUUGAGCAACUUUGUGUCGCAAUUCGUCCGGCCAUUCGUCGAGUAUGUCAAAGAAGAGAUAGCAAUUGCUCGCUCCGAAAAGCUAUCGCAGCCGAGUACGAGCUCGCCUGCCCCGGCGGCUGCUCCUCAAGGUCCUGCCGCGCCUGCAACACCAGCAACAUCUACCCAGGAGGCGAGUGGAGCGCCGCAGGCAACGUCCAGUGUAGAGUCGUCGGAGCAGGUCGGCUUGGAGCAGUCGCCAUCCACCAGCACCGCGCCUACGACGCCCGCGGCCAGUGGUGCAUCCAGCCAAAAGGAGCAGGCGGCUCCUACCGUGACGUCGCUCGCGGCUGUUGGCGCGUCGAGUCGGGAGCAACAGAUCGAACCUGCAUCGACAUCGCCCGCGUCUGUUCGUGAGCCAAGCCGAGAGGAGCAGUCUGCUCCGGCGUCCGAGUUGUCCUCGACUGCUGUGGUUGCUCCUGACUCGGACAAUACAGCCUCCUCGUUGCUGGACUCCAUCCCAUCUCCCCGCUUUGCUGCCGACGCACCUCUGCGCCCCGUUCAAGACCCUGUACGUUUAAACACCGUAACAUCGAGCACAGGUGUGCAUCAGCCUCAAACGGAUGGCGCGAGCGGCCCAAUGAACGCACCUGUACCAACGUCCCGCGUGUCUGGUGCGAUGUCAUCUGCGCCUGGUAUGCUGUCUGCACCUAGCCCGUCUCUCCCCGAGUUCGUGGAUGACAUCGACUACUCCCUUCUCGCCUCCGAAUACGCUGCAACAAACCCAGGUCCCGUCGACCUCCUCAAUGCCCACCGCUUGCUGCCAAUGAGUUCUCAGUGGCCAGCGAGCGGCAGCGAACAGUCCUGGACCGGCUUGAACCCCAUGCCAGCGCCGCCAUCGUUUUCGAUGUACCAGCCCGAUCUGUUGCCGAUGGCGAUGCCAUUCUCGACGAAUACCCCUCCCUCGUUCGCAAACAGCACCUUUUCAUCCAACUUCCCAGCUUCUUCAGCAAAUCUACCAUCGUCCUCUACGACCUUCACUAAUCCGACAUACAACUUCCCACCGACGUUUUCCACUUGGGACCCCAUCCCGCCACACCUUCAGCCGAUGACAUCCGGGCCACACAUGCCUGAGCCAAGCACGUCGGCAGGUGUGAUGCCCAUAGGUGUACCGUUACCCGGCACGCCUUUAGGUACCAGCGCUCAGCCCUCGUCCGCAUCAGUCUCUCGGCCGUCGCAGCCAUUUCUUCAGCAUUCCACCACGGCAGGCGGGACUACACCUGGAGGGGCAGUGGGCGCACCACCGCAGGGUUCAAGCUCGGCACCGGAGGCCGUACAGCGAGCCGACCGUCAGUCCUCGCUCGCUCCAAAUGCGCAGCGCGCCGCCGACAAGUCUUCGGAUGAGCUGGGACCUCCUAUUGGAGCAUCGAACGCACCCUCUGUACAUUCAACCUCUCCACUGCCGCAGUCUGUGUCUGUACCAUCCCCGCCCUCCGUGCUUCCCCCUCACCACAUCCCACCCAGCUCGCAUGCACCAAGUCCGCCUGGUGGACGCCGCGAUCCGUCAGUCACGAACAAUGCUUCUACAGCAGGAGCCGCGGAGGCAGCGACGACAGGAGCCGUGGAGGCAGCGUCUGCGACGACAGGAGCCGAGGAGGCAGCGUCUGCGACGGCAGGGCAGCCCGACACUCUUGCCGAUGGUGAUGGUGAUGGUCGAGGUCGGCCCAAGCGCCGACGGCGCGCACCAGCACGUCCCGACAAGUCCCCUGUUACACCAGUUAAGAGAAAGGCUUCGCCAGCGAGCGCGGAGUCGGAUGCUGCAGCAAAGAAAAGGCGACCUGCGCCGGGCAAACAAAAGGCUGCAAAGAAGUGAGUAGGCGAAUACUGAAGCUCGUCACAUUUCAUAAUAUCAUGUACAUAAACUCUGGGUUACUACGUAGCGUACCUUCUUCUUAAUGCACGAAUUUGCGGGUGGUCGCUCG